AUGUCAAUAUUCGAUCCGAUCGGUUACGUAAGCCCCAUAUCCGUCUUAGGCAAGGCGUUAAUGCAGGAAAUAUGGAGGACAGGAAUCGGUUGGGACUCGCCUAUACCCGUCUCACUCGCACCCGCCUGGCGAUCGUUCAUCGAUAACGUACAACAAUUACGAGACUUAGAGAUUCCGCGACACGUGACCGCAUUUAAUAGGGAGGCAUAUAUGCAUGUUUUUUGCGACGCGAGCGAAAAAAUAUAUGCCGCGGCCGUGUAUUUAGUUAGCAUCAACCCCGAGGGGACUAGAACUUCCGCGUUAGUAGCCGCUAAGGCCCGCGUUUCGCCUCUCCGGGUAGUUAGCAUUCCGAGGAUGGAAUUGCAGAGCUGCGUACUAGCUACUAGAUUAGCGGAAACCAUAGUCAAGGAGUCAGAUUACGUAAUAAAGGACAAGUAUUUUUGGUCUGACUCCAAAACGGCGCUCACGUGGAUACGUUCGGACCCACGUAGGUAUAAAACAUUCGUAGCACAUAGGUUAGCAGAAAUCGAGAACACUACCACCCCCGCCAACUGGCGCUGGGUGCCUAGUGCAGCUAACGUGGCGGACGACGCGACUCGCGGUAUACCUACGCAAUUCGGAGUGAACCACCGGUGGUUCAUAGGGCCCGAUUUUAUACGCAAACCCGAAGAGCAUUGGCCGACCGAAAAAGCGCCAACGCCCGUCGCCGAUACGGGCGAAGAACGCGUUAGCAAACUCGUAUGCUCAGUAGGUGUCGCGAAAAAUAAGUUUGAGUACCUGCCGGAGGUAAGUAGGUUCUCAAAGUUCGUACGACUAGUUCGCGCCACCGCUAGGGUUCUGGUUGCCGCCGAGGUAUUUAAAGCCUCACUGCUAUCUAAGAAAACAGAUACAGAAAUGAAUAAGGGGCAUUUAAAUUUAGCAGAGAUAUUGCUAAUUCGCCGGAGUCAACAUGCUGCCUUUCCAGAGGAGAUUAAGCUAUUGGAAACUGGGCGGCCUCUACCGAAGAAGUCUCCGCUGCAUAAGAUAGCAAUACAACUUGAUAAGAACGGAGUCAUAGUGCUAAACGCUAGAAUUGACAAGGACGUGCACAUACCCGUUCUACACGCGAAGGAAGAUUUCGUCAAGCUGCUAAUACAUCAUUUUCAUGCGCUCUUCGACCAUGGCAACCACGCAACCGUCAUCAACGAGUUGAAGCAGAGAUAUUUCAUUAUCGGGCUGCGCGGUAAUAUUCGCUAUAUAGCGAACAAGUGCCAAUGGUGUCGGACCUAUAAAGGAACCACACUCAAGGUUCCUGUAGGCGACCUCCCGCCAGAGAGGCUCCAGGCGAAUCAACCGCCAUUUACCGCUGCAGCCGUAGACCUGUUUGGCCCUAUGCAAAUCACAAUAGGCCGCCGCCGCGAAAAGAGAUGGGGUGUACUAUACACAUGCCUCACGACACGCGCUGUGCACUUAGAGCUUGCCGCCUCACUUUCGGCAUCCUCUAUGAUACUUUCCUUGCGCAGAAUGAUAGCGCGACGCGGCACGCCUACAGUUCUUUACUCUGACAACGCCACCAACUUUUACGGCGCAGAGCGAGAACUGGCAGAGGCCAAGAAGACGCUGCCCGACACUUUAAAGCCAUUUUUGAUCGAGCGAGCCAUAACCUGGAAAAAGAUACCGCCCGGCAACCCUUCCGCCGGCGGUGCAUGGGAACGGCUCGUAGGCAGCGUGAAAAGGUCACUAAAGGUAACACUCAAAGAGAGAGCACCUCAGGAAGAAGUUCUGCAUACAUUACUGCUGGAAGCCGAGCACAUAGUCAACUCUCGACCGUUGACACCAGUGAAUCCAGACCUAGACAGCGAAGCUCUGACGCCGAACCAUUUUCUCAUCGGGCGAUCGAGCUCAAUGUCACCACUGGGCGUCUUCACAGACGCGACUAUGUCACUCUCGUCAUGGAAGACAGCGCAGACCUUAGCCGACCAUUUUUGGAGGCGCUGGCAGCGAGAAUACCGACCCAGCCUCCUCCCUCGGCCCGGUGCUCAUCAGAACGUGAAGAAACUAUAUGUAGGCGACGUAGUCAUCGUAGCGGACAGCUCCAUGCCACGAGGAACAUGGCCUAGAGGCGUAAUCGCACAACUCUUUCCCGGCCCUGAUGGCCACGUAAGAGUAGCCAUUGUUCGCACCCGCGCAGGUGACGUCCGUCGCCCAGUUUCCCGGCUUAUACCUAUAUACUCCUCGCAAUCAGACGGUGUUGGCACACGUGGGGGAGAUUGUCGUGUAUAG